GCUCUCCGCGGUGCUGACGCCGCCGGGCCGGUAGCGCGGCCCGGGCCCGCUGCUCUCCUCGGCGCUGACCCCGCCGCCCUCCGCCACCGCUUGCCCGGAGAAAGCGUGGGGGUUUGGAUUUUUUUUUAAAGCCGUUCUUUAUUUAGAUUCCAACGUCCUCGCGUUGCGUCCGUGCCAAAGGGGCCCUCAGGCCCGUCCUUCUCCUUGGCGCUCCCCAACUUGGCGCGCCCUCCCUCCCCUUCCUCCCUGACACUCCCACCACCCCCCCUCGGCUCGGCGGCUCGGCGCGGUGCUGCAGAAGACGCGCUGAGCCCUUUCGGAUCUAAUGCGCAGAGGAGAUUGGCCCAGAGCUCCCGGGCUCCCCCAAGGCUGAACUUCGUCCAAGGUGCCCUCAGGCUCCCUGCCCGCCUUCCCCAUGCCAGCCCGCAGCUAGGGGCAGGGGCAGCGGCGGCUGGGGCUGGGGGUGGGUGGGGAGCUGCUGGGCAGGACAGGUCGCAGCUUGGCUAUGGAAGGCUCCAAUGGCUUUGGGAUCGACUCCAUCCUCUCCCACCGUGCGGGCAGCCCCGCCCUUCCCAAGGGGGACCCCUUGCUCGGGGACUGCCGCUCACCCCUGGAGCUGAGUCCGCGCUCCGAGAGCAGCAGCGACUGCUCCUCCCCAGCCUCACCGGGACGGGACUGUCUGGAGACGGGCACCCCGCGGGCAGGCGGGGCACCGGGCCCAGGUUUGGACUCCCACCUGCAGCCCGGGCAGCUCUCCGCCCCAGCCCAGUCGCGCACCGUCACCUCCUCCUUUCUGAUCCGGGACAUUCUCGCUGAUUGCAAACCACUCGCGGCCUGUGCACCCUACUCCAGCAGCGGGCAGCCAGCAGCCCCUGAGCCCGGAGGACGCCUUGCGGGCAAGGCCGGGGAGGACUUCAGAGACAAGCUGGACAAAAGUGGCAGCAACGCUUCAUCAGACUCUGAAUAUAAAGUGAAGGAGGAGGGCGACCGCGAGAUCUCCAGCUCCCGGGACAGUCCCCCGGUGCGCCUGAAGAAGCCGCGCAAGGCGCGCACCGCCUUCACCGACCAUCAGCUGGCGCAGCUGGAACGCAGCUUCGAGCGGCAGAAGUACCUGAGCGUGCAGGACCGCAUGGAGCUCGCCGCCUCGCUCAACCUCACCGACACACAGGUCAAGACCUGGUACCAGAACCGCAGGACUAAAUGGAAGCGACAGACGGCCGUCGGGUUGGAGCUGCUGGCGGAGGCAGGCAAUUACUCAGCGCUCCAGCGGAUGUUCCCGUCGCCUUAUUUCUACCCGCAGAGUCUGGUUUCCAACCUGGACCCGGGCGCUGCGCUCUACCUGUACCGCGGCCCCAGCGCGCCGCCGCCCGCCCUCCAGAGACCUUUGGUGCCUCGAAUCCUCAUCCACGGACUCCAGGGCGCCAGCGAGCCGCCCCCGCCGCUGCCCCCGCUGGCCGGCGUCCUCCCGCGCGCCGCGCAGCCUCGGUGAGGCGCCCGCCCGCCAUCCGCCCCCGGCACGGGGUCCAACGCCCCUUGGGGUGGGGGCCGCAGGCCCUCCCUGGCGCCCCAGCUCGGUGUCCCCGCGAGGGCCAGAUACCAGGUCCGCCGAGGCCUGGUCCCCGGACUGCGUCCCCCUAACCCUCCUGGACGCCCACCUCCGCUCGCGUCUCUGUCGCCCACUCCCACCAGCGCAGCGCCCCUUCCCCUCGCCGGAGCGGGCAGGGGUGACCCCCGCGCUUUGCCCUCUCCCAGCCCGCCUUCCAAGCUCCAGCUGGAGACCACCCGGGAGCGGAGAGGUGCGGGGACCCCGCGCCUCUCGCGCCCUCGCCGGCGGCCGCGCUGUACAUACCGUGUGCAAAGUGUAUAUGAAGUUAUUUAUUCGUGACCCACGAGCCCGUGGCUGUGUCCGUGAACAGUGUCCGUGCCGUGUCCUCCCCGUCCCGGGCGGGGCGGGCAGGGGUUGGGGGGCUCACCCUCCCACCCCGACCCGGCCCCACCUCCGCCCGCUCCCGGGGUCAGCCAGGCCUCCCGGGCUCUUUUUUUAAAUGUCGAAAUAAACUUCUUACAAAUCACCAGGCGCCUGUCUGCGCUCAGGCCGCCGCCCACCCCUCCGCGGCGUCUCCCUCCCCCGGAACCCGUUGCGGGGCCCCUCUUCGCUUUGGUGUGGUGAGGGCGUGCGGGCCCCGACUGCACCCACUCCGCGGGGUUCUGGAACAAGGGCCCCUUUCCCUGGCCUCAGUUUUCCCAUCUCUGUAAUGAGAGCGCGCCGCGCUCCUCCUCCUGCUCCGUGCGGUCCCGAGGGCCGGUGGCGGGAGAGGGCGGGGGUCAGAGCCCUGCCUCCCCCGGCGGCGGGCUGGGCCUCGGUGCCCCGGCUGAGCCGACUCAUCUGGCCGCGACAAGGGCGCCGGCAGCUGGUGACCGGCCGGCCGGGCUCGGGCCGACAGAUGGGCUUCGAGGCCGCUCCCCCAUCCUCCCCGCCCUCCCCUGCCCGAGCUCGGGUUGCCGACCGACGUUGAGUGCGGACGCCAAGGCGGCACCGGGGCGCCUUCUCUGCGAACCUGGGGUCACCCCGGUCCUGCCUCUCACCUCCCCCUUCAGGGGCGGGGGCUGGAAACCGCGAUCAGCGCAGUCCCUCCCUUCGUCGGCCCCAGCCCUGGCUCCAGGGUCGGGGGAGGGGGUUUCAGUCUCAGGCCCCCGAUAAAAGGGCCAAGGUCACCUCCUGAGACCCGCCCUCCCUGGGGAGGGGGGCGCAGGUGCUCCCCCGCGCACGCACCACCUGCAGCUCUCCGACCCUGGAGGAGGCAGCGGCGCCCAAGGCUGGGAGGUUAGGGGCAGGACAGCCUGGUGGUGGUGGCAUGGGGUGGGCUGUGGAGACCUUCGCCCCCCACCCCGGGGAGCCCAGCCCCACUGCCUGGCUGCUACAGUUUCCUCCCCACCCCCAAGCUUUUCUUUCCCGGGCGGGCGAGGGUAUUAUUCUAAUUUUGCAAAAUGCACAGCAGCUAAUUAAGUCGAGCAGCCCCUCGGCGACGGAGUCCUUUUGCAUGUGAAAGGGGCCAGUAAAUCCCCAGCUCGGGCUUCGGCGGGGGCCGGGGCCGGGGCCCGUCCCCAACUCAGGGUUAAUGAAGUGGGAAAGGAGUCUCUCACAGCCUCCUGCAAACAAAACCCCCCAUGCAACAAACCCUGCCCAAAUCCUACAUGGAUUGACUUAAACCCAGGGGAUAAGUGCUUUAAAUUAAUCUCAUUGAAUAAGAAUGAGACCAAACAAAACUCUUUAAAAUCAUAUUAAAAAUCUAUCAAAGGACAAC